AUCUUCACCCUGCCACUGCUCUGCGAAGGCUGGGCGUGGUGCGAUCCGCUUAACCAGGGCCUCCAGCCCGCUUCCAGCUCCUCUCCUGGCCCUCUCUGCAUGUGCUCCUGCGCCCAGACCGGGAAUCUCCCGAGGGCUGGCUCCCAGAACCCGCCCGGCACAACUAGUUGAUCACGCUAACUCCACUGAGCCAUUCAUUGAGAGCCCAGUGUUUUACUGGAGCCCAAGUCCCUCACAUCCUUAAGCUCGGAGCUGCGGGCAACACCAUGGAGAAGAGCAGCGAGACCAACGGCUACCUGGACAGCGCCAAGGCUGGGCCUGCAGCGGGGCCUGGAGCGCCCAGGACCGCCGCAGGACGCUGCGCCGGCUUUCUGAAGCAAAACGCGCUGGUGCUGCUUACCGUGUCCGGGGUGGUGGCGGGCGCCGGCCUGGGCGCAGCGCUGCGCGGGCUCGGGCUGAACCGCACGCAGGUCAUCUAUCUGGCCUUCCCCGGUGAGAUGCUGCUCCGCAUGCUGCGCAUGAUCAUCCUGCCGCUGGUGGUCUGCAGCCUGGUGUCGGGAGCCGCCUCUCUGGACGCCAGCGCUCUCGGGCGCCUGGGCGGCGUCGCCAUCGCCUACUUUGGCCUCACCACGCUAGGCGCCUCGGCACUCGCGGUCGCUUUGGCAUUCAUCAUCAAGCCUGGGUCUGGCGCGCAGACCCUCAAGUCCAGCGACCUUGGGCUGGAGGGGUCGGGUCCCCCUCCGAUCCCCAAAGAGACAGUGGAUUCUUUCCUCGACCUGGCCAGAAACCUGUUUCCCUCAAAUCUUGUGGUUGCAGCUUUUCAAACGUAUGCAACUAAUUACACAGAGGUGACCCACAACACGAGCACUGGAAACAUAACCCUUGAAAAGAUCCCCGUUGGCACCGAGGUCGAAGGGAUGAACAUUUUAGGAUUGGUCCUUUUUGCCCUGGUGUUAGGAGUGGCCCUAAGGAAGCUAGGCUCUGAAGGAGAAGAGCUCAUCCGUUUCUUCAAUGCCUUCAACGAGGCGACGAUGGUGCUGGUGUCGUGGAUUAUGUGGUAUGUACCUGUGGGCAUCAUGUUCCUGGUUGGAAGCAAGAUUGUGGAAAUGAAGGACAUCAUCGUGCUGGUGACCAGCCUUGGGAAAUAUAUCUUUACAUCUAUAUUGGGCCAUAUUAUUCAUGGAGGAAUUGUUCUGCCACUUAUUUAUUUUAUUUUCACACGAAAAAACCCAUUCAAGUUCCUUCUGGGUCUCCUGACACCAUUUGCGACAGCAUUUGCCACCUGCUCCAGCUCAGCAACCCUUCCCUCCAUGAUGAAGUGUACUGAAGAAAACAACGGUGUAGACAAGAGGAUCAGCAGGUUCAUCCUCCCCAUCGGGGCCACCGUGAACAUGGACGGGGCGGCCAUCUUCCAGUGUGUGGCCACCGUGUUCAUUGCCCAGCUCAACAACAUAGAGCUGAAGGCAGGCCAGAUCUUCACGAUCCUAGUGACGGCCACAGCAUCCAGUGUCGGAGCGGCAGGCGUGCCGGCCGGAGGGGUCCUCACCAUCGCCAUCAUCCUGGAGGCCAUUGGGCUGCCCACUCGUGACCUCUCUCUGAUCCUGGCUGUGGACUGGAUUGUGGACCGUACCACCACCGUGGUGAAUGUGGAAGGGGACGCCCUGGGUGCCGGCAUUCUCCACCACCUGAAUCAGAAGGCAAUAAAGAAAGAGGAGCAAGAACUGAGCGAGGUGAAAGUGGACGCCAUCCCCAACUGCAAGUCAGAGGAGGAGACGUCACCUCUGGUGAUGCACCAGAACGCUGCCGGCGGCCCUGCUGCCAGCGCCCCGGAACUGGAAUCCAAGGAGUCGGUUCUGUGAGGAGGCUAGGCUUCGGCUUCGCCCGCCAGCAGCAGUGCCCACCCCGUCAGUCCAGCCACCGGACACCGGGCACGCCCACUGCCCUCACAACUCUGGCCUCCUGGGCAGUGCGUUGGCCCAAUCACCAGUUUGAAGAUCACUUCUCGGCACAGGCAUUGGGCUUCCCAGCCAGAACUGGCUCCUGAGGACUAGGACAUUCUGCCCUUCAGCUUGAUCCCUGUCUAGGUACACCAGGUUCUGUUUGAAACCCACUCUGAAGCGUGCAUAACAGGUUUUUGGGAGCCUGGUGGUCACAGCUUGGGAAAAUGCAGAUGUGCCCCCUUCAUUGCACCCAGUCUCAGUGCAUCAGGUGCUUUCCGGGCAAACCUAGGGGUUUUGCAGUCAUCUGUCACAUUGCCUUGUGAGCCGUAGUAAUUGGAAAAAUUUCCAAAUUCUUAGCCUUGGUAGGAAUUUGCUGAGCUGGGACUCGGGGUGUUGGAGUUUGCACUACAGCGAGGUGCAGCUGGCUUCUGGUUCGAGGGUUGCUGGGGGGCUGGUGGCACUGCAUAUUGUCAGGUUAGAAAUACUCCAGACGGUGUUAGCACUGCUGGCUCCUCUGGUCAGCAGCACUAAGAAAACUAAAUCCUGAGGUCAGAGAAAGGAGGGGGAGCCUGG